GUUUAAAAAUAUCUACAUCAAAGGGUUAAAAUGAAUACACUGUCAUAAUAUGAAAUAAAAUUAGGUGAAAAAAGUUGAAGGGUGUAAAUUUCAAGACAAAAUUGUGACAUCUCUCAGUCCUCGUUGACCCACGGUGAUAUCGACAACAUUUGCAUCUGAUUGCUCAGCAAUUACACAGAAUUUUAAAAUUCUUUACACUCUAAAUUUCAAAAAUUUGAAGAAAGAUUAUUACACAUUAUUUUGUGCAAUACAUACAUAGAUCAUGGAUAAAAUCGAAAUCUCUGAACUGCAGAUCAAGGACGAGCUAUGUGAAGAAUUCAAUUGGAAUUUUAAAAUCCCGAAGCGCUCCAGGAUUCAGGAAAACAUAAAUAGAGUUACCAGAUCGGGAUUUAUCUUUUCCAAUUUAAAAUACAGCUGGGGAUUCCUCUCCGAUAUGGAUCAUACAUUGAGCUUCGCGAUUUAUCCAGAUCAAAUGAGCGCGAUUUUAUACCUUCCCAUCGAACCGAACAAGAAGCUCGAGUUACGUAGCAGCAUUUUGGAGCUGUUCUCGUCGACAUCGCCCACCCCACUUCGUCCCGUAUUCAGCACCAGCUUGAAUUUUACCAUCGACCCUGUGCCCAUCGGGGACAAAUUGUUCCACCGCUACGCCGCCGUUUGGAAUGCGGAGGCUCCUUGGGACGAUGCAGUGGACUCGGUCAGGCUGAAAAAUGGGGUCGUGUACUACGAACGAAAAUAG